AUGAAAGGUACACCUAGUGAACCGCAGCACGCACUCAAACUGGUAUGGGCAGGCACCAAGAUCAAGGCUUUAAAUGUGUUAGAAGAUGUGGAAUUAAGGAAUGGAAUCAAAGAAUAUUCAAAUUGGCCAACUAUCCCUCAGGUUUAUGUAAAAGCUGAAUUUGUUGGUGAUUGUGAUAUUGUAUUAAAUAUGCAUCAGUCAGGUGAAUUAGAAGAAUUGCUAGUAGAAAUAUGCAAGAUGAUGUCUCAUUUUAAGCAAAUUUUUCCAUUUAAUGAAAGUUUUCUGGUUCCUUCAUUUAUGAUUAUUGAAAUUUCUAAAAAUAUCGUCGAAGAACGCCAAUAA